GCUCCUCGAGCCAGGGAGAUGUCGAGUCUGACAUCACCGACCAGCAGUACGAAGACUCGGCCGCCACCUUCGGGCUGGGCAAGCGAGAUCUGGUUCGUGCCUCCGAAUGCACGAAUGUUAUCGAUUUGGAGCCGAGAGCCAUGGCACUGACGCUAUCGGCUAUCAGCCCUGCGAUGAUCGCGAACGAUCUGUUCGAAUGUGGCGGCGAGCUUGAGUCCCUGCUCCGCGACAGGGCUGUCACUGCCAAGCGGAACAAGUCCAAGACUGAGCAGAUGGAAGCUGUGUUCCAGAUGAAGACGGCCGGCACCGUGUGGAAACGCCGCAUGGCAGAGCUGGUGAUGCACC